AUGGCGGAGGAGGCGUUUGUCAUAACAGAUCAGGAAAGACUUGAUCGCCUGAAUAAUGAAGCCAGAGCGAAGAGAAACAGAGAUAUAUCUUUUUCUCCAGACAUUUCUCAGCCCUUCAAUAACUUUGUGAAAAAAAUUUUCGGAACUGAGAAGCCUUACGAGGGUGGACAUGGAUUCCCUUUGACUUACUCAUCUGGAGGGAACUUUCUCCACCGCCCUCUCCUAGAUAUUCCUGCCUUACAGAUGGGCACAUCAUGGUUCACGAUGCAGAAUGUUUUUAAUUCAAGAUUUUGCCAAAUCAUGGAGCGUGACUUCUUUCGAGUUGGCCUUCAAAAUACAGACAAACAUUGCAAAAUAUACUGGGAAGAUUUGCUUGAAUGUCAGCAUCAUGAUAAAGCUUGUGAACCGCUUCUGAUUGUAGCCAAUAGGUCGUGAGUUCAAAUCCCAUAAGCGGGGCCGUGGAUGUGCACUGCUGAAUAGUCCCAUACAAGGACCAAACGAUCGCCCAGUGCUUCCAGGCUUCCAUGGCGGUUUAACUUUAAUUUACUCGUAAAUUCAACUAUUAAAUUACUUAAAUCUCCACAAAACCCCCUUCUGAUAAUUAUUUUUUAUUUACAAAAAUACACUAAUAAAACUGACAUUUCAGGAGGAACAUUAUUUUAGAAGAGAAGUAGAAAUUACAGUAUUUAGUUUAGAAAAUAUAAAUUCUAUUCUUAUUACCUCGACAUUAUCUCACUGAUUAUAAAAUCAAAACAAGUACACAUUCAACCAACUUACCAAUAAAUUAUUUUGUUCAAAUUAAAUUUUCUUUUCUAAAUUUCAACUAUAAAUUUAUAAAAACAUUAGAAUACUUCAAAAGAUUUUCUACAUCAAUUAGUUCACUUACAAUUAAUGAUCACAUGUGUUUAACUGAACAGUAAAAAUAAGAAAAGUUGUAAAACGUGAAUUAAACCAGUGGGGUUCAACCUGGUUAGUUUUGAGAUGGUAACUUACUGAUGACGAUGGUGGAUGUGUCAGUCAAUUUCAUGGAAUAGUUGAAGUUAGACAUCAACACUAUUGGAUGCCGGCUAAGUGAUCGAGUGGUUAGGCGCUCGCGCGCGAGACUGGUAGGUCCUGGGUUUGAAUCCCGUGAGGUGGGGUCGUGGAUGCGCGUUGCUGAGGAGUUUCACAAUAGGACGAAACGACAGUCCAGUGCUCCCAGGUUUUCCAUGGUGGUCUAGCUUCAAUUGACUCAUGAUCUCAACUAUUGAAAUUAGACAUUUAUAAAUAUUUUAAUAAAAUAUACAACUGUUUUAAUUUUAUAUUUUUGAUCUUAGAUAUAGAAG